AUGCGGCUUCCAGGAGACGUAGAUCCAACUGUUAGACGGAUGACCAACGGGCACUCUCGUACGAAGCCAUCACGACAUGACCACCAGCAUCCUGUCACUUUUACACGGAGCGGCCUCGGAAAUAAUCUACAUCUGCCUCAAUAUGCUUCCCAUUUCCCCAUUGGGCCAAACGCAGAGUUUCAGGCGACAUUAGUGAAGCGGGGGAAAUGCGCAUGGCACCAUGACGUCGCAUAUGACUCCAUCAAUAACACAGUUGGAGUGAUUGAUCAUCGGGGAAUAUCGUCCACCACAGAGCUGACAAAUGGCGAUGCGUAUUUGCAAGCAGAAAGGGCGUGGGGUUUGACAAGUUCAAUUACUGGCCCGUCAAGCCGAUUACUCACUCGCCGUGAUUUUGUAAGCCAUGGGAAACUGGGCCAGCAUAACGCAGUAGAUAAGUCUCGGAUUUACGAUGAUGAUGGAAAUUGCAGCAAAAUCGCCGGUAACGCCAUUGUGACGGUGUUUUCCCGUGAUUUUUUUUUUGAGGCGGGUUGGCGAUUUCCUAUAUCUGGUAAACUUGCGACCGAUAACGGCUUCAUGAGUUUGUGGAUCGGACCGGGCCCCGAUUGCCGAGGGUGGCGACGCUGA